UCCUGUCGACAGUUCGUCUUUCGUUCUGACUGGCCUGAUCCGGGAAAAAAAUUCUACAUUGAGGAUGGCUCUCGAAUACCCUGCUCCAGAGUUGGACGUGACCUUGCAGGAAGUUUCUCGCGUUCUGCAGCUCACUUUAAAUCCCGAUCGCUACGCUGACUUCAAAAGCACACUGGAGAAGCAGAGACCACUUCUUGAAGAGGCCCAGCAAAAAAUUGCAUCCAGCUCUGCAGGUCAAGAGAACUGGGGGACGGAGCACUUCAAGAAAAGUCUGCUGUCCUGCGCAGACCCGUUGUCGACCGCCUCCGCCCUGCCGGUUGUUCUUCUGCCAUCCAAAGCGAAAGGAUGCAACCAGUUGAUGAGGGCGGCCGCUCUGCUUUGGGCAACGGCAAAGUUGCACAGCGAGCCAGAGAUGCUGGACGACGACGUCGCCUUGGAACGAACCCAGCAAUCGGAGGUUUUUGCUGCCACACGAAUUCCUGGCAAGAGUCAAGAUGAAAUUAAGGUCUACCCAGAAAGCAUUCACGCCAUCAUCACUUGUGUUGGAGGAGUCUUCCCGAUUGACAUACUGCAGCGUUCCAGCACUAGCGAGCCGUUAUCUCCUCGAUCCUUCACUGACAUUUACAACCAACUGGCUAAGAUAGCGGAACAACUCGCCACGGGAAGCCAAAAUGACCCCUUGGACAUUUGUCGGCUUUCUGCAUUGGAUCGCAGGUCCUGGGCAGCCAUCAGGGACGAGAUCGUGGAGAAAGGAGGACCUGCUGCGGCGUCGCUGCAGAUAAUGGAGAGCGCUGUGGUGGUGUUAAGUCUUGAGGACUGCAACGCGCCUUCUGAACUGGGUGACGUCCUCAAUGCAGUAAGCCUGGGAGGAGGAAAUGGCCCAUGUCUAAGAUACUAUGACAAGGUGGUGAACCUGGCGGUGUUCAAGGACUGCACAGCCGGGAUGAUUUUUGAGCACUGCACUGUGGACGGGAUGGUGGUUGGCCUCAUAACUGAUCGUAUUCACCACUUGUCCGAGACAGUUGAUUUAAGCCUAAUUCAUAAGAAUGCAGCUAAAGAGAAUGGCUUUGCCAAAAUGAACGACACCGAUCCUUUACACUCAGUACCCCUAAAAUUUGGUUUGAACAGCAAGGAGAGCACCAAGUUAUGCCCUGAGUUAAAAUCCAAAAAUCCACUUCUCUCAUUUGAUCUGCCUUCUUAUCCUGAUGCGUUUUCAGCUCUCAGAAGCCAAAGAGGCCUCUACGGUGUUUGGAUCAACUUUUCUUUGCAACUUUCCCUGAUGCAGACUCUUGGGGAAUCUGCGGCCACGCACAUGCUCAUCACUCCGACACACAUGCGCCACUACAAACAUGGCCGUUGUGAUCCCACCUACUCGGUCAGCGUGAAGUCUCGCAAGUUGGUAGAUGCCUUGGCCUCAAGCCUUCGCCCAGACAACACAAUCCAAUACACAAAUGGCCUUCUAAAUUUGUUCCAUGUUGCAUAUUUGCAAUACAAGACUCUCAUCAAAAACACCAAAAGUGGACAAGGGGUUGGUCCCCAUUUGGCUCUCCUUCGUAAAGCUUUACCAAGUGACAAUCAAUUGAAAAAGUUUUUGGACCCCUUUGGAUGUCCCUCCGUGUACCUCACCGGUCUCGACCUGAUGGAGGGAGUGGAGUGUGCAGUUGGAAAUGUUUAUGCCCAAGAUCAGCUUGCUGUAACCUACCUUGGGAAAAAGGACAAGGUUCGAGUCAUCCUUAAUGGGAAAGGCAGCUUCUCUCUGGUAUUGGAAAAGCUUCAGGAAAACCUGAAGAAGAACAUGAAACUAGUGAUGCUUUUAGCGCUCAGAUAUGCAAUUGCAUGUCAAAUGGGAGCGUUGGACAUUCUCCUCAAAGAAAACCAAACAAAGAACGUGAAUGUUGAGAUGACUCACGCUCCAUUGAACGACAACAACAAAACAACACCGGAUUCAACCGCAGACGUAGGUUCGGACUAUACUCUGGUGAUACAUGGCGGUGCUGGCGAGGGAAUGAUGCUGGACCCAGAAGUGACAGAUGUCAUUGAGUUUGCUCUUCAAACAGCCUUAGCCCUUGGAUCGCAAGUGCUUCAAAGUGGUGGGCAAAGUCUGGAUGCAGUUCAAAGAUCAGUAGAAGCUCUGGAAGACUGCUUUCUCUUCAAUGCGGGUAAAGGCUCUGUCUUCAACAGAGAAGGCAAAAAUGAAAUGGAGGCCGCCAUUGUGGAUGGCAGUCAAUUGAAGUCUGGAGCUGUUGCCUGUGUGCAAAGUGUGAAGAACCCAAUAAAAGCAGCUCGAUCUGUGAUGGAAAAAAGCAUACAUUCCCUCCUUAUGGGAGAAGGCGCUGAAGAAUUUCUACAAGGGUUGGAAGAACAGCCGAAACCUGUCAAACCUGAUUAUUUCUACACUGAUCUCCGUAAUGCAGAGUUAGCUGCCAAGCUCAGGAUUGUAAAACCUGCAAAAAACAAUCAUCCUCAAACAGUUGGAGCCGUGGCAUGGGAUUGUCAUCGUAGAUUGGCUGCUGCAUCCUCAACAGGUGGAUUAGUGGGGAAGCUAAAAGGGCGAGUUGGUGAUACAGCAGUAGUUGGAGCAGGAAUAUAUGCUGAUAAAACGUUGGCAAUUAGCUGCUCUGGAGAUGGCGACGUGUUUCUAAGACACACUGUUGCACAAAAAAUCGCCAGCCUCUACCAUCUUAAAGGCCGCAGUCUCAGGAACGCGUGCAGAGAGGUGAUCACAGAAAACCUGAAAGAUGUAUGCGCAGGAGUCAUUGCAGUUGAUUCUAAAGGGAAUGUUGUUAUUGAAACAAACGCCGGUGUCAUGUUUGUGGCUUCAAAUGCGGGUGGAAGAUCAAGAGUCGAGGUGCUUCGACCCCUAAAAAAUGUCUCUAAUGUGAUCUGGGAAAAAGAUGAACUGGUUGCGUACCUUAAUCCAAACCCUUGGACCCCUGGGUCAACUGUCUUGACCAGAAAAACUCUCAGUGGGGUCCAGAGCGUCUUCCAUUUGGCAGAAUCUGAUUAUGUGUCUCUGUUUCAAGAAGCAAAAUCUCUAUCAGGUACCCUUUGUGGAAAACUGGGAGUUCAACGUUGUGCUUUGGUUUUCUAUCCCAACCCCAAGCAAUCAGCACAAAUCAGGCUGCUCCCCCUACAUGGUGUAGGGCCAAAGUGGCAGCCCCAUCUUGCCAGCCAAGAAGAAUUCUGCUCUUACAGCCCGGGAUAUUAUUCCUCUAAAAGUGGUCCACGUUGGGAUGAUGCAGCACUGGACAAAGUUCAAGCCCAAAUUAGGAAAGCCUCACCAACCGCAAAUGCGCCCCCUAGCUUUGAAUAUUUCGGGGCUUCCUCUGAUGAUAACCUAUUCAGCCGCAUUGUACGAGGAGAGGAGCAACAGUGGCGGGUUUGGGAAGACAGUCAACAUGUGGCCUUUCUAACACCUUACCCAAACACUCCUGGAAUAACUGUCGUGGUGCCACGCAAACCGCUGCCCAGUGACAUCUUCAAACUGAGUGAUGAUGACUACAAAGCUCUGAUCUCGGCAACGUAUAAAGUCGCCCAACUGCUGGAAGAGGGACUGGGAACUCAAUAUGUUGCACUAAUCUUUGAGGGCUAUCAAAUUAACUACGCUCAUACCAAGCUGGUCCCUGUGCUACCUUUCACAGAAGGUCUCAAGAUGGCUACACCGCAACCAGAAUUCUUCCUAAAAUACCCUGGAUAUGUAUCCUCACUUGAUGGUCCAGCUGCUGACCCAGAUGAACUCAAAACGCUGCACUCCAAAAUCACUCAGUGCCAGGCUCCAAAAUCAUGGGAAGACCCUGAGUCCCACUCCAUAGUCGCGAUCACGAGUCAGUGGUACCGCAGCGUGUUCCAGAUACAGAACACUCUUUUCCACAGCACCGUGGAGUAUUUUAGCAAUUCCUGUCAAUAUUCUUAUGCGCUGACGCCUCUCACUACAGACGCAAUCUCCUCCCCAAUGGGUCUGGGGUCUGAUUCGGAGCCGGUUUCUGUGAAUCUUUUGGGUCAAAACAUUUACCUAGCAGACUCUAUGCAAUUUGUGCUUGAAUAUUUCCUCCGUUUCCAAGAUAACCUGCAGGGGACCUAUUACAUAUCACCCAGCUUCAGAGGAGAAGAUCCUGAUGCCACACACUUGAACCAGUUCUACCAUGUGGAGUGUGAACUGUUGGGUGACAUAGACUGUGCCAUUUCAGUAGCAGAGGGAUAUUUGCAUCAUCUCACCAAGUCCAUGCUGAAGAGACACUCCGAUCUAAUCCUCAGCAUUGCUGGCACCCUCACACAUGUCACCAUGAUUCUGAAUAAAUUGGAUGGGAAAAAACCCCUACCACGAGUCUCUCUAGACCAGGCCAUUCCAAUGAUGCCUUCUGAUGAUUGCUUUGAGUGGGUACAAGAUGGCCAGCCGCAGUUUGGCAGAAAGCUUACACGCAAAGGAGAGCGAGUGUUGAUAGAAAAAUAUGGCGGCUUUGUUUGGCUGACCGAGAUGGACCAUCUAGGAGUUCCCUUCUACCAGGCCUACGUGGAGGGCAGUGGGCAGUCCAAAGCCAAGGCUGCAGACCUUCUGCUGGGCUUGGGAGAGACUCUGGGUCUUGGUGAACGUCACCCCACUUCUUCAUUGGUACAGGAGGCCCUCAGACACCAUGCAGUUCCCCACCAGCCCUAUAAGUGGUACACUGACAUGCGCGAAGUGAAACCACUUCUCACCAGCGGGUGGGGGAUGGGGACGGAACGAUACUUGUGCUGGCUUCUUCAGCACAACGAUGUCAGAGAUAUACAGAUUAUUCCGAGGCUCAAGGGAAAGAAGUAUAUGCCAUGAUCAUCAAUACUCUGCCGAUAAAUACCUUAUACACAGCAAGAACUGUAAAUCAUAUCAUGCCUCAAUGAUACAAAUUAUUGGAAUCACCAGGUUUUUUUUGUCGUAUUUAUUUCCAAAUUUCUUUCUGUUUCAAUGGCAACAAGAAAUUUUUACUCCUUUGAUUCUUCAAAAAAAUGUACAAAAAUGAGCUCUGCAUUCAGUUUUGAAGUCUUACGCUAUUUAGACGUUUUCAUCAAUUGACCGUUUUCAACUUUUCAUAUGAAUUUACAAGAACUGUACCAGGGAAAGUUGCAGUAAUAGAAACUAUUACAAGGUUGACAAAUAUGUAAUCACAGCAUAGUAGAAAUAAUGAGUGUAAUGAUGGCCUUUUUUUGCUUAUUUUGUGUAGUUUGUUUGCUUUACCACUCAUUUUUAAACCCAUGUUAGUAGAAUUUUGAUUACAAAUGUAUGC